UCCAUAUUGUGGCAUGUUCUUUUUAUGGCUAAAUAGCAUUUCACUCUGUGGAUAGACCUCAUUUUAUUUAUGCACUCAUCAGUUGAUGGGCAUUUGGGUUAGUCCUCUUUUGGAUAUUAUGAAUAAUAGUACUAUUUGAGUAUGAGUUUUUGCGUGAACACAUUUUCAAGUUUCUUGAGAAUCUACCUAGGAGUGGAAUUGCCGGGUCAUGCGGUAACUCUGUGCUUAAGUUUUCCAGGAACUGCGAAACUGUUUCCCAAAGCAGGCUCAACAGUUUUAUCACCUGUUUAUGCCCCUUGCACAGUAGAUUACGACUGUCUUUCCUUGUCGUAAUGUAUAGACAUGUGCAUCACUAGUUUGAGUGAGUAUAUAAUAUUUCCUUGGCCAGGUACCAGAGUGUGCUUAACAAAUUCCCUGUUGAUGGGCAUUUGAUGAUCCUCUGGAAGAGGCUUUAAGUGUCUCCCUUUUGUCCCCAGCAGUUUGUAAAUGGCACUUUACAGAGAACUUUGUAUCCCCUAAUUUGGUGCUUUCACAUGCCUUGCAAGCCGCCCCCCCCCAUAUCUGUCUUGCUACUAAUGGUGAGCUCCUUGAUAAGAUGAACCAUGUCUUGAGUUUACCUGUGUGUCCAUAACACCCAGCCAAGUACCAGGCAUUGUGGUAAAUGUUCAAAGAAUGAAUGAUACAUGGAUGGAUGGGUGGUUAUAGCCAGGGACUGUGGACAGAUGGAUUUUUGCCUUCUGUCUAAAAAUCCCUGAUUUGAGCGGUAGUGAGUUCCCUGACCCUGGAGGUAUGUGACAGGAGGCUGGGCCAGUUGGCAGUAACCAUUGUAAAGCAAGUUUAGGCAUCAGAAAGGAGACUGGAUGGAAUUUAAAAUCGCUUCUAAAGUCGAGAGCCUAGAACUCUAUGAAAUAGAAGCCCAGGGAAGCUAAGAGAUGUGUCCUAAGUUGCCCAGGUGAGCAGUUGUGGGGCUGUGAGUUGCUGUGCAUAUUUCUGAGCCUGUUCUGGGGACCCUGCUCCCCCUUGCCUAAAGGCAUCUGCCUGCUUGUGCCUGGCCUUUGGGAAGCUCCCAGCCCAGGAAGGUUAGAGACCCACAAGGGAGAAACUCUUCUGUAACAAGUUGCUUGGCAAGUUUGUGGCUACCUGAAUCAGAGAGUUCAGUCUGGACUAUUUACAUAAAAGGGCUGAACUCCGGGUGGGUGCGGCUGGGAGGUUCCAAUAAAAGUCCAGGGAGAUAUUUGGUAGUGGAGAGAGCUUCUCUCUUAUCCCUGCUUAGAUCCUUGGCUGGGUGGAGGCAACUCCAGGGCCGGGCUAGGCUCUGGGGCGGGAAGGCGCAUCCUCUCGGCACAGCACCUAGACGCGGACAGCUCACAGAUCCUGGGAGCUGCUGCAGUUCCACGAUGUGGCUCUAUGCUCUGUUCCUGGCAACUCUUGCCACUUCCAAGGCUUGGGCAGGUCACCGUCCUCCGCCGCCUGUGGUGGCCACCGUGCAUGGCAAAGUCCGGGGGAAGCACGUCCACCUGGAAGGAUUCACACGGCCUAUGGCUGUGUUCCUGGGAGUGCCCUUUGCCAAGCCCCCGCUCGGAUCCCUGAGGUUUGCUCCACCGCAGCCUGCAGAGCCGUGGCACUUUGUGAAGAACACCACCUCCUACCCGCCCAUGUGCCUCCAGGACCCAGUGGAAGGGCAGAUGCUCUCCAACCUCCUUACCAACAGAAAGGAGAACAUUACUGUCAAGUUGUCCGAAGACUGUCUUUACCUGAAUAUUUACACUCCUGCUGACUUGAGGAAGAACAGCAGGCUGCCGGUGAUGGUGUGGAACUUCGGAGGUGGUAUGGUGGUGGGCGGGGCCUCAACCUAUGAUGGCCUGGCCCUCUCCGCCCAUGAGAACGUGGUGGUGGUGGCCAUUCAGUACCGUCUGGGCAUCGUGGGGUUCUUCAGCACAGGGGACGAACACAGCCGGGGGAACUGGGGCCACUUGGACCAGGUGGCCGCGCUGCGCUGGGUCCAGGACAACAUCGCCAACUUUGGAGGGAACCCAGGCUCUGUGACCAUCUUUGGAGAGUCAACAGGAGGCGAAAGUGUCUCUGUCCUUGUUUUAUCUCCUCUGGCCAAGAACCUCUUCCACCGGGCCAUUUCUGAGAGUGGUGUGGCCCUCACUGCUACUCUGGUCCAGAGUGGUGACAUGAAGCCCCUGGCAGAGAAAGUUGCUAUCGCUGCUGGGUGUAAAACCAGCAGCUCGGCUGUCAUGGUUCACUGCCUGCGCCAGAAGACAGAGGAGGAGAUCUUGGAGGCCACAAGGAAAAUGAAAUUUCUUCAGAUCGAUUUACAGGGAGACCCCAGGGAGAGCCAUCCAUACCUGCCCACCGUGGUGGAUGGAGUCGUGCUGCCCAAAUCCCCUGAGGAGAUCCUGGCUGAGAAGAGUUUCAAUGCUGUACCCUACAUUGUUGGCAUCAACAAGCGAGAGUUUGGCUGGCUUCUUCCAAUGUUGAUGGGCUAUCCGCUUUCUGAAGACAAGCUAGACCAGAAGACGGCCACGUUUCUCUUGUGGAAGUCCUACCCCCUUACUGGCAUCCCUGAGGAGCUGACUUCAGUAGCUAUCAAGGAAUAUUUAGGAGGAACAGACGACCCUGUCAAAAAGAAAGACCGGUUCCUGGACUUGAUGGCAGAUGUCAUGUUUUGUGUCCCAGCUGUGAUUGUGGCCCGGCAACACAGAGAUUCCGGAGCCCCCACCUACAUGUAUGAGUUUCGGUAUCGUCCAAGCUUCUCAUCAGUCAUGAAACCCAAGACGGUGAGAGGGGACCAUGGGGAUGAGCUCUUCUCUGUCUUCGGAGCCCCAUUUUUACAAGAGGGUGCUUCAGACAAGGAGACCAAACUUAGCAAGAUGGUGAUGAAAUUCUGGGCCAAUUUUGCUCGGAAUGGGAACCCCAAUGGGGAGGGACUGCCCCAUUGGCCAGCGUACACCAAGAAGGAAGGGUACCUGCAGAUUGAUGUCCCCACCCAGGCAGCCCAGAAGCUGAAGGACAAGGAAGUGGAUUUCUGGACCAAGCUCCUGGGCACGAAGGCAGGAGAGAAGGCACCACAGACAGAACACAUGGAGCUCUGAACGGGAGGCCCCGCCAGCCUCCAGAGCCUAGAGGAGGCAAGACAGGGCUAUUCUACAGAAGGUGAUUGUGGGUCAGAGAGAUGUCUCAUUGUGGGCGCUGGAGAAUUUCUGCUGGGGGUCCACACAGGCCAGGGAGGAGCAAUUUUUGCACUUGUGACCUCAAUUGUGGGAAUAAAUGUUUUUUGGAGGCCAAAUCAGUGUUUGUGUCUCUGGCUAGAGAUUCGUGCUUCCUCCUCAGAGAGAGAGGAUGCAGAGGGAGGCACCAGAAGACGGAAGAUGCCCCUGCUGGGGAUGGCUUGGCCUCUAGACAAGCAUCACCCAGCAGGCUGGGCCCUGGGAGGUGCUAAGGGGACGCUGGACACAGCCCAUGUCUCUGAGCCCUCAACAGCUUCCAGUCGUAGGAUUUGGGAUGGCCAGAGUGCAGCAUCCCUGCCUCAAGUUGGAGUCACCUGUGGAGGUGGAGGUGGCACAGACUGAGCAGGCACCUGGAUCAGUAGAGGAGGGGUGCCGUGGGGAUCCUGUGGCAGUGUUGUGUGGCCUUCAUUGACCCCCACACAGGUGUGCAGUACCUUCCUCAGUAUACACAGUGGCCUCCCAGGCCCUCUGUGAGGCUGCCUCUUCCAACAACUGGCCUUAAGCCCUUUGUAUCCUGGGCCACUUCAGACCCAGGCAAUAAUGACCUUUGGGUAAGUCUCAGAAAUGUAAUCAUAAAUCUGUCUCUUUCAUAAUCUCAGGGGUGUGUUUUGGAUUCCUCUGGGCUGUAGAAAGUUCUAAGAGUGUCAGUCCUACCCUGACAGCAAGAAAAAGCUGUAUUACUCUCAUAAUCAUUACUUUUCCCACACAAAAGACCUGAAAUUGCAGGACAAACAAUUACCUGUAAUCUGAGGGAAGACAGACACUUUGGAGGAGAUGUGGGAUGUGAACACUGAUUUCCCUUCCACCUACAGGAUGAAGACAAAUUCACUAUAAUUGGUAGCAUCUCUCAAAAUUUUAAUCAAAUGCUAAAGGUCAUGUGUGACCUAGUAUGAGAGUGUAAAAAUCCCUGGGAAGCAUAGACACGAGGGGGGAGUUUACACCUAUCACAGACUCUUCUCCAUGGACCUGUAUCAGGUGCACAUGAGAAUGACGGGGGGCAGGUUGUUAGACUGGAGAACAAUCUGCCUCCAGGGACACAGGCAUGAGCCCUGCUCAGACCACGCUUCCUGAAGGAACAAAAUCCUUCAACCGUUAGGGGAAGACCAACAAACCUUGUCUCCUUCAAGGCACUGGUGAAGACCUAUUGAGGCUAAAGAAAAGGAAAUAUUUGCCCACCCUUGGAAAAGGGACAGGAAACCAUCCUGGGCCCAGAUCAUUAAUCUUUUACUACCAGGGAGGGGCAAGAUUACUGAGAAAGACUCAUCUCCAAAACUGAAGAACAUAGGGAUUGCCUAAUGUUGAGGCUAGACCAGGACAAGAGAAACCACUCCUGGCUGCCACCAGAGUUAGGAAGAACCCAGAAACAGAAAUCUACUCCAGCACAAAGGAGAAAACAUGGAGAGAGAUCCUCUCUGACAAGGAAGUGAACAGGGCAAGCCAACAGCUGGAGGUGGAAUAAGACAUUAAGACAACCUUUCAUCCAAUGAAGGGCUGAUAACUGGAAUCCAUGAAGAACUCAGGAAAAUCAGCAAGACAGAAUCAACA